AUGGUAUCCACUCCAUAUUUAGAGGAAUUUGACCCGUCAUUGUUGAGCAAUCUUAAUUAUGAAGAAUUCACCAUUGAUUUGUACAGAAGAUGGGCAAUGGUGUACAAAUUAAACAAAGAUGGCAUCAAAAAGCUGUUGUGUAGAUGUAGAGGAGUUGUUGCGCGUCUGAUUGUUAUAGCAAGCUGGGCACCGCAUCUUGUUUUCCAGCUGUUAGAAGUCACAGACAAAAUCAAUUACAUUAUCGAUGCCAACUAUGCGAAAAAUCUCACAGUUAUUGGUGCGGAUGGUACUGUCUGCAAGUUUCAUGUUAAAGACAUUGAUGCGGGCGACAGUAUUAAAGUAACCCCAGCUAAUGACAUAACAGCGAGAUACUUUAAUAUUGUUCCGAACGAAGGUGGAAAUGAUUUUUGGGUGCAUGUAACGGUCAAUGAAACUUUGGACAGAGAAGUCAUUGGAGACAUAGUUAAGAUGAAAUUCUUCAUAAUGGAUAUUAACCCGGAAAAGAAGGAAGAACAGAAUAAGAUCGACUAUAGAUUCACACUAUACAUCAUUGAUGUAAACGACAAUGCUCCAGUAUUUGCAGACGAGCCAUACAAUUUAAAAUUAUUUGAGCUACCAUGCAACAAUAAAUCAACGGUUUACUCCGAUAUAUCUGCAACAGAUAGAGACAAAGGUGCAAAUGGUAAAGUGAGAUUUUCAAUGCAUCCGGAGGCACAGGAUUCUGGACAACCGCCGCGGAGCAGUUCAGCUGAAUUCAUUAUUCGUGUAAAAGACGUUCAGGAUAUGCCACCAUUCUUCACUGGUGAUCCUUACAGGAAAAGUAUUAAAGAAGGGGUAAAUGUGGGAUAUGUGGUCAUUACAGUAAAUGCCAGGGAUGGUGAUCCUGGUGUAUCAAACAACGUCAGCUACAGCAUGACAACUAGCAGCUGUAAAGGACUGUUCCAAAUAAACAACGUUACUGGGACAAUCUCAACAUCAUCACUUAUUGACAGGGACCAACCUCCAAUAAAUAUUACCGGGAACUGUAUUCUCACAGUUGAAGCAAAUGAAAUCGAAACAACCAACAAGACAAAUUAUGGUAUAACAACAACUUCAACGAAUGUCACAGUUACAGUGCAAGAUAUCGACGACAACCCGCCUGAUAUAAGCGAAAGUUCUUAUUACGCAACAGUGGCUGAAAAUACACCAGAAGAUGUACCUAUCAAACUGAAUACCACAAUUGUUGUUACUGACAUAGAUCAGAUCGAUUAA